GUGCUGUCCGUCUCCAACGAAGUAUAAACGCAGUAGCUUCGGGUAGUAUUUGUUCGUAAGAGUUGGGAGCCUGCAAAGUGAUCUCGACUCAACGGCACCGGAGUGUUUUGUCCAACAACAGUGAAGGGUCCUUGGGAUACACUUUUCUGUGAAACCCUCAGCGUGCUGCAUCCACGUUUGGGAGACCAGGUGGACGGGCUUCGAGAGCCUUUCGUCUAAGUUUUGAUACGCUCGACAACUACGAUACCAGUCUCACAGGAGCGCGGAACUUGCUCCACAUCAACCCCAGAGAUGGCUGGGCUAUCAAUCACAUCAGCGUUACUGUCCCCUAUCAAUAAGCUUCGCGGAAAGUCAAAUCCAUACCAGAAAUCCGGUAAUGCCAACAGAACGUCUCAUCCCUCAGAUACACCCACCAGCGAUGACCUUCUCGCUGAAGCACGUCAAGCGGCUGGUCGUGAUCCUGUGACUGGACAACGAACUCCGGGCCCCGCAAGCAAGAAAGCGAAGAAGCAAAAAAUGUCCUUGGAACAAGAGCAGCAGGCCGCAGAAGAACAGAAAGCGGCAUUCCUUGCUUGGGCAGCAAAACAUCCACAGGCGGCUGGACGACCGUACGAGAGUUAUGAGGCUUUUGUGCGGGAGAUGGUAGCGAAGCGGACAGGGAAUGUUGCGCCUAGUGGUCGGACGGAAUACUAUGCGCCUCAGCAGACGGUGGAGGAAUACUACUCGACGGGUGUGAGAUAUUAGACUGUUGGCAUGAACCGAAUUUCUUUAUCUAUACUUCGGCGGCGUAUGGUUUCCUCAACGGCGCAAAUGAAAUGUAAGGAUGUGUUCUGUUGUAGGCAACGAGCUGGGAGCAAACGAAACUGCCCAAUGUAGUCGUAGGUAAACACGACACGCGAUGAGCGACU